GACCCACCCAGUGCGCUCGCUGGUUGGUGGAGUCACUCUACACGGUCACCACUCACCCAACCGCGGAAAGGUAAACAGGGAGGGGCGGGACUGGACAGUGAGAGAGCUGUGCGCCUAUUGGCUACAGACCACGCGGCGGAGAGGGGCGGAGCUGCGCGUGCGCACGGCCCAGGAGCGCCCUGGGCGGCCGUUGAAAAAUGGCGACUGUCACCGACCUGAAGGCUGUUUUGAAGGACACCUUGGAAAAAAGAGGAGUAUUGGGACAUUUAAGGGCAAGAAUUCGAGCUGAAAUCUUCAGUGCUCUAGAUGAUGAAAGGGAACCAAGACCACAAUUGUCUCAUGAAAACCUUCUAAUUAAUGAAUUAAUUCGGGAGUAUUUGGAAUUCAACAAAUAUAAGUAUACGGCGUCUGUCCUCAUAGCAGAGGCUGGUCAACCUGGAGUUCCAUUGGACAGACAGUUUCUUGUCCGUGAACUAAAUGUAUUUGAAGAAUCGAAGGAUGAUACAAUACCUCUUUUAUAUGGGAUUUUAGCUCAUUUCUUGCAUGGAACUAAGGAUAACAUCCAAAAUACUUAUCUGAAAGGGUCUUCACUUCAGCCUUCAAACCCAAGUCUUGGCAGACAACCUAGUGGAAGAAGGAAAAUGGAUGACCAUCUAACAAAGGAGAAGGGGAAAAGUACUAAUAUUGAAGAUCCUCAUGUUUCUCAAGCAGUGAAGAGAUGACAUUUCCAUUUGGAGCAUCUCAUCUUUUAUCUUAAAAUUGUAUGUAUGAACUUAUUUAUUCUCCCAGUGUUACCAAAAUGCAUCACAAAUAUUUGUACUGUGUAGAAACUUGAGUUUCUGCAAAACAUUUAGGAAUGUUUACUGCAUUUGUGAAUAAAAAUUAACCGUUACCUAGCUUAUGGGAUUUGACUUGAAAGAUAUAUUGUUUUUAGGCAGUAUUUUAAAGAUCCUUGAAUUUGUGAGAAAUGAAAGGCUUUUUUUAAAAUAUCCUGUAUAUUCUUAUAUAUUAAAAAUAAUUCAGAUCUUUAUAGCCAUAUGCUGUGCUCUUUAAUUCAAUUUUGUGGCACGUUAGUUAAAUUCCCUUCAGGCUGGAAUUAUGUGGAUUUGUGGGAAAAUUCAUCAUGUUAUUAAAAACAUUUAAAAGAACACUAAAGGAAUUAACUAAAAAAUUAAUUCCUACAAAGUUUGAUUUUUUUUGAUUAGCUCUUUUUCAGAUAACCACUUAUAAUUCGGUUUAAAUAUUUGAAUUACUAUCUAAAGCUGAACUUUUAAACUAUGUAACAAUGUACUUUUUUCUUUCCUUAGACCGUUUUGGCUUCUACUGAAAGAUAUAAUUGAAAGGUAGAGGGGAAAUUAUUUUUUUUCAAUUUUGCUGUAAGUAAAACAAAGAGUUUAUUUUAUUACAUAAAGAAUGUGGAAUAAGCAUGAAGAGGCAGGCUUUAGGAGAAAUACCAGAAAGUACCUUGUAAAAGAGGGCAUUGUUGGAUUUCCACAGGGCCUUCAGUUGUGCAGUUACAGGAUGAGCUAUGAAAGGGCCAACUCCUACUUACUUGGGCCCUAAAAUUCUUAUUACAUGUCAAGUCUUAGUCUUGGGAUAGAAAAACAGUAAGAGCUCUUACAGUGCUAUCUCUAAAAUGCUACUUUGAUAUUUAUUAAGAUAUUUUUAUAAUGUGGAGUCUACAGACUGAUCUCACUGAUAACUAUGAGAAUAGUGACACCUCCCUGGGGAAAGCUGUAAGGUAUAUUCGGAACAGGACAGAACUGAGUGGGCACCUGUACGCCAGUGAAUUCAGCUUCAGCACUCUUCCUGGGGAAACUGGACAAAUUGAUGUUCUCUUCACAAUAGUGAUUUUGUGCUGGCUUCAGGUAUUACUGAUACUUUUGAUUUAAUAUUGGUGCUAGUCAGUGUUUGGUCCUUACAGAUUAGCAAAGAAUUUUUUUACCUGAAUGGAGAAAAUUAUUAAAGAAAUACCCUUAAACCAUACUUUACCAGGCAAAGGGUUUUGAGAGGCCCUCUUAGGAGGCUAGAUACAUACAUAGAUUGUAUUCUAAGGGCUCAUUUCCAUGCUUUAAAUGAAAUCUAGUAUCUGAUAACAAUGAAUUCCAUUGUAUUGUAUAUGGGAAUAUAAAUUUCUGAGUUCUCAGAGAACUUGGUUUAUAUCCAAGGAUGUUGGCAGUGGACACUAAAUUUACUUCAGGAGUUGCGAUCACGCAGAACUAGAUUAAGAAAAAAUGUUGGAGUUUAGCAUUUUGGAUAUUGAUAUAAAAUCACCCAAAUAGAAGUUCAACAGAACUGCCACAUGUAGUCCAGAGUGCUUUUGUAUGCAUUACUCUGUAACCUGUUUUGUACCUAUGCAACUUUUAUACUUUCAACAUGUUAUUUAAUAAAAACCAAUUAAGAACUCA